AAAGACAAACACAAUCAAAUAUAUCAAUUAGUACAAUGACAAAGACCCAUCAUCAAACCCCACUAAAAUUUCCCAUUCAAAAUUUUAAUCUUCCAUCUUCGUGUAUCUAAUAGUGACUUCCAUUAAUCGAAUACAGCUACAAGAAUCCCAAGAGCAUGCUACUUUGCUCUAAGAAUUCCAGCAUUAAUGGCAACUUCAGCAUUCAAAUCGACCUCCAGAAGACCCACUACUUCAUCUUCAACCCCAACAACUAAUAAACAGCCGAAAAAGCAGCAGAAUUCUACCCAGAAAGCUCCUCUUCGAAGAUCAAGAAGUGUGAGCGCAUUUUCGAGGACCCAUUUGGAUACAACUACGGAAUUUCAUAACAAAAGAGAUAAUCCUCUAUUUUGGGCUGAUGGGUCAUCUCAUUUUGAGGAAGAUAAUGAUGGGCUUGUUAAAUUUUCAAAAUUUGAGAUCUCAAAAUCUAGUGGGUCGAAUAAUUUUAAGGGUUCUAAUGUUGGUUGUGGGGAAACUAGAAGGGGAAGGUCAGUUUCUAGAAGUGUCGGUGUUAAUGGCGGAGAAAGGACGGAUUUUGGUCGGAGCUUGUCUAGGAUUAAUCCUACUCGUCGGAGGCGGUCGCCGUCUUGUGGACACUACAAAAACUCUGAGGAGCAGGAAAAUGAUUUGUUAAACUUUAGAAGUAAAAGCAAGAUCAGCUCAAAUGGAAAUCAAACUUUUCUUGAGGGGAAAAAAAAACUGGUUAGAAGUGCUUCUGAUUUGUCUGAAAUACUGAAAGACUCUAAGACCUGGUCAAGUCAACAUCCUACCUUCGAGACUUCAGAUGACGCUGCCGUUAAUCCGUCUGGUUCUCAAAUUUCUCACUGGGGUGAUGCAAGAUCGACAAGUUUCAUCUCAAAAGCCGAAGAAAGGAUUAUCAAACCGGUCUCAGAAGAAAGGUUAUACUCCUUGAAAGAUAAUAUUGGUACAACUAAUGGAAUUCUAGAAACUGUUCGUUCCGAAGUUAGGCAGGCUAUCUCUGACAUGCAGAAUGACUUAAAAAUUGCCAUGCUAAGGGGUAGUUCUGAUGUUACUCAUCCAAGUAUUGUCUCUGACCUUUCUCCUGAACUAGAAGAUACAAAUACAGUUGAACUAGUAAGGGAUUUUAGAGAGGAAUUUGCAAGGGAGCUAGAACAGUGUGAAGAACGUACAAGAAUUCUCCGAGCAGAACUAGCUGUUGAAGAGCAUCGUGAGUUUGAAUUGAAUAAAAUACUUAGCGACAUUGUUCCAGAACCAAAGACUCCUAUAACGGAAAAACCUCGUGUCGUAAGAAAGGCUAGUUUUGAAAGGAAGAAAAUGUCAAAAUGUCUCGAACAAGAAGCCUUGGCUUAUUUUGAUGAAUGUGUUUCGAUAUCAACAUUUGAGGAUUCUGACUUCUCAUCUCCAGAGGAUCUACCUUCCAACAUGGUCAGUAUUGACGGCCUCAGUCAUGAAAGAUUGGGUUCACGUUUUUCUGGAGUUCCUAGCAGAGCCAUUGAUUCCUACUCCAUUGAGACCCAGGGUGAGUUGCAGACCACUACAGUCGCAGAUCGUAAAGAGAGUCCUAAUGUAUCAGCUAGUAGCAGUAGUCGUAACAACAGUUCACAGCCGAACAGUUUGGCACCCACGUCAUUCGAUUCCAAUUCACUGAAAGAAGACAUAAAAAACUAUGUGAAUAAACUAACGAAAGACAAAGGACGAGAACGAAAAGACUAUGGUGACGUUAAUACAAUCAAUCAAAAUGCUCGAGAUUACACGCGUGCAGAUCCGUUGGAGAAAGUAUUGAUGGACAGGGUAAAGUUUAGGCACAGCAUUGAGUUUGGAAGCAUGUUAUUAUGUGGUGGUGGGAGUGUUGGCCUUUCAUUGCCACCCUUUUUAUGGUAAAUACUUGGAUUUUGGUAUUAAUUUUCAAUUAUGUACUUGUAAGUUCUAUCUUUUUGUUCAUACAAAUAUGCAAUUAGUUUUCAAGAUUCCUUGGUAAUGAAAUGAAAUAUCAUCUCAUUCUUUAUUCA